UAUUAUGAAUACAAAUAUUAUUUUAUAGAAAAGUUAAAUUGUUUGGUUAUUAAAGUAGUUAAAAUGCCAAGUUCAUACUUAUAUGCUAUAAACAAUGAGGGGCGCGUAUUUGGAUUGUCAACAUCUGGAAACAUGUGGAGAGAAUUCAUGUACUUGGGUCUUGAGUUUAAACAAUUAUCAGCAGUACCACAUUUCAUGUGGGCUAUAGGUGGUGAUCGUCAAGUUUAUGUACAUGUACAUGGUUUAGAUGUACCCAUAAGAAUUAAGGAAGAAAUAUAUGAAAACGAACGUUGGCUUCCUUUAGAAGGAUUUAGUGGAAGAUUAUUACCUACAGAUAGAUAUAAUUUUUCUGAUCAAGAUGGUACUGUUGACCGUAGCAGAGAUAAAGUAAAAUUACCAUCUAUGGCUUGGCAAUGGGAAGGUGAUUGGCAAAUAGAAACUACAUUGGAUGGUCAACCAUUAGAUCAUGAUGGAUGGACAUAUGCAGUUGAUUUUCCAGCUACAUAUACAACAAAAAAACAAUGGAAAUCUUGUGUUAGAAGAAGGAAAUGGGUUCGAUAUAGGAGAUAUAGUGCUAUGAAUUCAUGGUGUGCUAUUGCACCUCUUCAUAAAGAUGCAACUAAAGAACCUUUUAUUGAUAUAUCUGUGGGUGGAAAUCAAAUACCUGGUGGUAAUCCCGGAUGUUUAAUAGUUUGGGCAGUAACUGCUCAUGGCAGGGUAAUGUUUCGUGUUGGAACUAGUACUACUUGUCCUGAAGGUCAAAGAUGGAGUACUAUAAAAUUGGCAAAUGGAUAUGAAGUGUGUCAAAUUACUGUUGGAAUGACUGGUCUUGUGUGGGCAGUGUUAAUGAUUGGUAAAGCAAUUGUGCGUACAGGUGUGACUAGAGAAUAUCCAAUGGGUGAAGAUUGGGUAGAAGUUGAUCCACCACAAAAAGAUUUAAAAUUAGUACAAGUUAGUAUAGGUACAGAUGCUGUAUGGGCUAUAACACAAGAUGGAGGAGUAUGGUUUAGAAAAGGUAUUAAGGGUGAAAUGAGUGGAGUUUGUGAACAAAUGGCUGUUGGAACUGGAUGGGUGGAAAUGUUAAGUAAAAUGUCAUUGGUAUCGGUUGCUCCAAAUGAUCAGGUUUGGGCUAUAGGCCAUGAAGAUAGAUGUUUAUAUUAUCGCGCUGGUAUUACACAAUCAGAAUUAACGGGUAAAAAAUGGAGAUUAAUAAAUGCACCUCUUCAACUUAGUCGAGCAAGUAGUAACGCUAGUUUAUCUUCGAGUAAUAGACAUAGUAUGUGUGGUACCCCACAACAACAAAGGCAUCAAAGUUGGGGAUCAUUGAAUCGACCACAUAGUACUAGUGAAGGUACUACAUUGAUUAGAGAGUGGGAAGAACAAUCUCGUUCUGCACCAACACCAACAUCAUUAAAAUUAUGGCAACGUGUAAAUGAUGGUACUUCUACAAAGAAUCCACAGCAAACGUCUUUCCAAGAUAUAUACUUAAAUGAAGAUAAAAAACGAUCAGCAAAUUCAUUAGAUAUGAAUGAUUUAACCGAAGCUAGCGUUGCUAAUAUAACUAUAUCGAAUGAAUCAUUGACUAAAACUGGAGAAUCUAUUGUAGUAUCUGGAAAAGGAAUGGGCAAUGUUGUUAAGAUCAAUCCAGCUGCAUGGAGUCCCGUUCAUUCAGUCGGUUCUAUGGUAGGUGUCGAAGCUCAUCCGGAAACGGAUGGAAGUAUUUUCGAUCCUGACUUGACCAGUGAUUCAGGUGUUUAUGGAGAAGAUGAAAGCUCUGGGGCAAUGUAUUGGGCUGAAUGUGAUACCUCUUGGUAUAAAGUAGAAGCUGGAGCAUGUUUUGUUGAUUUAUCUAAUCCUCCAAAAUGGAUUGCAGAUUCAAAUGGUACAAGUCAUGGGGAUGUAGCAGAGACAUGGAGAAUAUAUAUUUUGGAGGAAUUAAAAAAAAGAUUACAAAAAGUACAAUUUGAUCCAUCAAUAUACGAAAAAGUAGUUGAAAAAUCAUCUUGGGUAAAAAAUGGUAAUGCAAAAUGCAAAGUUAAGGGCGGUACUUCAUAUGAAGAUUGUGUUAUUGAAUUAGAAUGGAUAAGUAGUAAUAGUGGUUUUUUAGAUUCAGGAAUUGUAACUAUUUUAAAUUCGGAUGGAGCAACAACAAUUAUGCAAUUUCCUGUCUCUGAAAUUAUGUGUGUAGUUUGCUGUAGUGAACCAGGUAAUCCACGAAUAGCGAUUCAUACUCCUCGAAUGCCACGUUCUAAAGUUCUUAGAUUGCAAUUUUCUAGCGAUACUGAAAUGGAAGAUUGGUUAGCACAUUUAACAUCAGUUUCUUGUCAAAUGAAUAAUGUUUAUGGAAAACCUAGUCCUAAUACAAUAUGGGCUACUACUGCAUUAGGAGAUGUGUAUGUAUAUGAUCCUGCUAUUAUAGAAGAAAAUCAGUUUAUUAAUGGUGCUUAUGUGCAAGAAUUAGAUGUUGUUGGAAAAGAAUUACCUUUUGAGUGUAUUUUGCAAAAUGGUUUUGGAUAUGGUAGUUCUUUAAAAAUUACUGCUUGUAUUCAUGAUGAUGCUGAUAGGCUAUCAUUCAAUUUUGUCUGUUAUUCAAUGAUGUCUUUAAAACAAAAAUCUGUAAUGGAUUGUCAUGAUGUAGCAUUACAUUUUAAUCCAAGAUUAAAAGAAAAUAUUAUUGUGCGAAAUACAUAUCAAAAUGGACAAUGGGGCGAUGAAGAAAGAAACGGAGAUAUACUAUUAAAACCUGGUUCUAAUUUCACAUUAAAUAUUAUAUGUGAAACUCGAGGAUAUAAAAUUUAUAUCGAUGAUAAGGAAUUUACUUUUUAUAGUCACAGAAUAUUGCCACAAAGUAUUACUCAUUUACGGAUUAAAGGAUUGAUGACAUUAUGCAGCAUAUUGUAUAAAUCUACAUCUAUAAUUAUUGAUCCAAUUACAAUGUUUUGGAGACAAAUGGGUGGACAUUUGAAAAAGGUUGAAACUUGUUCUGUUGGUGUAACAUGGGGAAUAGGAUAUGAUAAUAUUGCAUGGGUAUAUACUGGUGGUUGGGGUGGUUUAUUCCUGAAAGGAUUAGAUAGUAGUACGGGAAUAAAUACUAUGGUAGAUACUCAUAAUUAUUAUGUUUAUGAAAAUCAACGUUGGAAUCCAGUAACUGGAUAUACUUCUCAUGGUCUUCCAACGGAUCGUUAUAUGUGGAGUGAUGCAUCUGGACGUCAUAAACGUACCCGAGAACAUACUAAAUUAUUAUCGAUGCAAUGGCAUUGGGUGUCAGAUUGGAUAGUAGAUUUUCAUACUCCUGGAGGUGUUGAUAGAGAUGGUUGGCAAUAUGCUACAGAUUUUCGUUCUCAAUAUCAUGGUAAAAAACAAUUUACCGAUUAUGUUAGAAGAAGACGAUGGUUUCGAAGAUGUCAAUUAACAACUAGUGGACCUUGGCAAGAAUUAGGAAAUACAAAAUUGAUUGAUGUUUCUUUAUAUGCAACUGACAAACCUGGUUCAGAUACUCCUGUUUAUAUAUGGGCAGUUGCCUCUAAUGGUGAAGCUUUAUUUAGAAGAGGUGUUUCAGAAUCAUGUCCAAUGGGAGUUUCAUGGGAACAUAUACCAAGUGAUCAAGCUUUAGUAGGUAUUUCGUGUGGUCCUUGUGGACAAGUUUGGUCUGUUGGAAAGAAUGGUUCCUCUUAUUGGAGAUUAGGUAUUACUUCUGUAAAACCAACAGGAAUACAAUGGCAGAAUGUUGAACCACCUGCAGGUGCUCAUUUAAAACAAAUUUCUGUUGGGAAAAACGAAGUGUGGGCCUUAGAUACAAUAGGUAGAUUACACAUACGACGGGAUGUACAGGUGAAUGUUUUUCCAGAGGGAACAUAUUGGCAAACGCUUCCUGUGAUGCCGAAUGAUCCUAUACAUAUAGAUAUGUCCGUUGCAAAUGCGAAACAAGGUUUUCGACACGUUGCUGUUGCAAGAGAACAAGGCCAAGUUUGGGCAAUUUCAGGUGCUGGUAUACUUUGUCGUAGAAUAGGUAUUACUGAUGACAAUCCAGCUGGAACUGGUUGGGCAACUGGUAUAGGGGCAAAUUGGCAGUAUAUAAGUGUGGGAAGUCUUAUAAAUAAAACUAAAUGAAGAACUAAUUUUCAAAUGGAAAACUAAUUAUUAAUUAACAGAUAUGCAAAAUAUUAAUUAAAGAUAUAACACGUUAAUAUCUAAGAAUAUAAUACUUUAUUGUUUAGUUUCUUUAUAUUUUUCAAAAAUAAAAAAAAUCAAUGCGUAUGCAUAUGAUAUGUAGCUAUAUUUAUACAUAUGAUAUGGCUUAGCUGUUGCAAUUGAUUCAAUUUUAUGAUACAAGCUUGAUACUAUAAUAUAUUUCAUAAGUAACAGAGAUAUUAUUUUAUCUAAAACGUACAAAGAACAAUAAUAUGAAAUUAAUUGUUCGUAUUACUUUCAUUUAUAUUCUAAUAGAUAUAAAUACAUAUAAAGAAAAUAAUAUUAAUGAGAUUAUUUAUACACGUCUAUAAACUCUACUUAUAUAGUUUUAUUAAAAUUUUAUAUCAAAUGAAUCAAAAAAACAUUCCAAAUAUGUGCAUUUAAAU